UCCUCUACACCUGAGCCACAAUGCACGUUGAUGGAACUGAACAGAUGUUUGGUAUCGCUGCAGACACAGAGUAACGACUUAGCGUUUGCGGCUAAAAAACAUGAGCUUCUCGCUCUUUGCAGUACACUUAAGGAUAGUGUAUUGUGUGUGGAUGAACACAUGAAACAUUGCUUCUCUCCUACCCAAAGAAAAGUAUUCAAUCAUGUUGUAGCUGGUGCUCGACAAGUUCUCCUAGAACUUUGUGUACCAGGACCCAUACAAGACGCGUAUCUGAGGCAUGCCCCGUGCUUCAAGAAUGUAUCUCUGGCGGAAGAUAAAUGCGCUCCAAAAUAUCGAUAUUUGAUGGAACUCUCAGAAAAUGUCAAUCAGAGACAGAAUAUCGACGAAAAACUCAGAGAGUCCUGCUGUGCAUUCGACGAAUUUGUGUCUUGCAAGUACCUUCAUGUAAGUCAAGAUUGUGGACAUGAUGCAGCACGAUUUCUGCAACAACAUUUGGACCGCAUAUCGAGUCCCCUCAUACACGAGCAUUGCGCACAUUACACAUACGCAACUGACGCAUGCGGAGUUGCUUCAUCUUCCCCACACUUUCGACAUUCAUGUUAUUUGAUGGUGCUGAUGAUACUGGUGAUACUGACUCUAAAAAAUCUUCACUUAAUCAAUUACAGAUUAAAAAAGCUUCACUGACCUAAAAGAGCUACUGAUCUUUAAAAAGGAAGUUUUGAGACGAUAUUUCUAGAUUAGAUUGAAAGCAUUUUGAUGAAUUCUAGAAGUUUAGAGGGAAAUCGUUAUAGUAAAAAUAAAUAAUGAAGAUUUUUUUGUAAAUACAUGAAAGAAAUAUUUCUUUUUUUAACUGUGCAAGUUCUGUAACACGGAGCCAGUCGAGAACACUUUGAAUUGUUAAAAUUAACGCCGUAUGUUAUACUCUUUGUUAAUAGAUUCGGUUCGCCAAGUUUACGUGAUUUCCCCACUUUCCACAUUUUUCCCUCUCACUUACCAUAGUGUCAGAAAAUUUUUUCCCCUCGACAGGACAUUUCAGUAAGAAGCAUAUAUGGCAGUACUUUUACUUUCGUUACUUGUACCGUCAGUGCAAGU